AUGUGCAAGGUAGUGAAGCACUGGUAUGCGUGCCGUCACGGAUUUCGACUUCAACAUUCAAAAUGUGGAGGAACCAAGCACAAGAACACAAGAACUGGCUUGACGACCGCUUGCAGGUCCGAGGCGUACCUCAACUUCGUGUUCGCCGUGGCUUGUGGCCCUUGUCAGUACCAGGCUUUCGAAGGUGGAUGGAAGCGAAAGCUGAGGUUGGCAGAGAUCUUCCUGGGGCGAUUGAAGGAGAUGCGCUUCCCUGGCGUUCAAGAGGUGAAUGCUUUGGUUGAACAGCUGAAGGACGAGUUCAACACUGCCACAUGGAAUACACGAACUUUGUUCCCACAUGCGCCCAAGGAGCACACUGUUCGAGUCAGUCUUGGACACUUCAAGAAGGCGCCGUCUCCGCUUCGCAGAGAAGUAUUGCCUGAGGACAUACCGGAGCAAUCAAAAGUCAAUGGACCUGAUCAUCCUGACUACAAAUACGACUACGGCUACAUCGAAAGCACUGAUCCACUUCAUCCUGUCGAUAUCAAGUACACCCACCCACUCAACGGUGUCGACGCUAGUUGGAUGCUCAAUCACUUUUCGCCCGAAGAGUUUGAACAAUCAGGCGGCGAUGUUGGUUUCGAUGCCAACGAGGUCGAUACAGCGUGGGUAGGUAGCCUGGAGGAGGACACAGAGCUUCGGCAUUCAGUCCGCAGCUUCUACGAUAAGUGGCGUCGACGCAUCAGUCAGAUCAAGGACGUUGACAGGGCCAAAUAUGACAAGGAGCUGCUUUUCUUGUCCAGAUGUGAAAUCAAGGAUGUUGAAAGACCGAAUGGGCGCUUUGUGCUGGAUCCGCAACGACCACAAGAUGGCGGUGCGAAGACUGGGUGGUGCAAGUGA